GUCGCUGCAUAUCAGGUCAGCUUGCCUCUGUUUUGAGGGUUUAAUAGGAAGCCUAUUUCCCACUUCGCAACAUUCUUCACUCCUUCAUCGGUUUUUAUAACCCUCACAGUCGCUUCAGUUUUUUUUAAAAACAGUCUUUCUUUUACCACCAGCCUCGACAUAAUAGCAGCUGGAUAUAAAGUUUCGUUUCUAUAAUUUUUACUACAUAUAAUUCUGCAACAAACUCAUCUAUUGAAAGUAAUUGCACCUCACACUCCUUCAAGAAACGAUCAACAUGAAAUCUGUUUCGAUCCUCGCGACUGUGGCCUUGGCUUCGUUGUCAAGUGCACACCCAGGACCUGCCAUGCCAAAGUUGAUGGGCGGCAGGGAAUUCCUCCAAACCGUCAAGGGUCGCAAUGCCAUGCCAGCUCCAAUCACAUCCCCCGUACAUGUAGAAGAAAGAUUGCCUGAGGUAGCACCAAGAGCAGACGAUCCAAAUACUUGCGGUCCAGGUGUUGGUAGCUGUGUAAAUGCAUGCUGCUCUCCAGAAGGAUAUUGCGGUACCACGGAAGAGUAUUGUGCAGCUCCAGAUUGUCAAUUUGAAUACGGACCUCUUUGCGAUACACUCCAAGUUCCAGCUGGUGGUUCUACAGCAAAUAUUGAACGCCCACACAUUGGAAAUGUUCCAUAUGGUGGAGCUGGCAUUUACGAUUGUCAAGUCGCUGGAGAUAUCGCGUUUACCUUCGAUGAUGGACCUUAUCUUUACACUAAUGAUCUCUUGGACAAACUUGCAGCUUAUGGAGCUAAGGCUACCUUCAUGAUUACCGGUAACAAUCUUGGAAAAGGCGCAAUUGAUACCACUGCAGAGUACACUGCUACUAUCAAACGUAUGAUUGCAGAAGGUCAUCAAAUCGCAUCCCACACCUGGGGCCACCAGAAUUUGACAUCCCUCGACCCGACAAUGUUCAAGAAUCAAAUGUACUAUAACGAGAUGGCUUUCAGAAACAUCCUCGGAUAUUUCCCAACAUAUAUGAGACCUCCUUAUUCUGAAUGUAACGCCACCUGUGGUGAUCUCAUGGCAGAUUUGGGGUAUCAUGUAACUUAUUUCGACUUGGAUACUGAGGGAUAUCUGAACGAUGCUGCGAAUCUCAUCCAGAACUCCAAAAACAUCUGGGACAAGGCCAUUGCCAAGGCAGAUGCAACUACAGGAAACUUCUUGGAAAUCGAGCACGACAUCCAUUAUCAAACCGUUUAUAAUCUUACUGACUACAUUCUCGCUUCCAUGUAUUCUCAUGGUUUUAAGUCUGUUACCGUCGGGGAGUGUCUCGGAGACCCAUCUGAGAACUGGUACAGAAGUGGCAAUGCUAGCGCUCCUGUUCCUACACCAAGUAAACAAAUCUCCGAUGACGGUUCCUGCAACGCUGAUAUUACAUGUCUUGGUUCCACCUAUGGAAAUUGCUGUUCAGUCAAUGGUUAUUGCGGAUCUACAGACGACUAUUGCGGUACCGGUUGUCAACCUGCUAGCGGAACAUGCUCUGGAUCAUCCACAUCCUCAACCAGCGCGACUAAAUCCUCAACUUCUGCAAAGCCAACUAGCACUCAAACUGUUUCAGAUGAUGGAAGCUGCUCGAGCUCUACCACCUGUAACGGAUCUAGCUUUGGUAAUUGCUGCAGUCAAUAUGGAUACUGUGGAAGUACUGCUGAUUAUUGUGGUACUGGAUGUCAGAAGGGCUUUGGCACGUGUACUUAGGGGGUAAUCAGAGGAGCAUGGAAUGGAGAUUGGAAAUUUUUCCUUUCAAUGUAAAUAUAUAACUGGGGGAAUACGGGGCAAUACUUACGACUACAAUAUAAUGAUUGUUUAAUAGAUAACUCAAAUAAAGUCAAACAUGACAGCA